AUGCUCUUCUUUCUGAUGUCUGAGCAUGACUCGGCUGCUUUGGUGGGGUUUUUAUCUGCCGCAUUGUUACGGCUACCAGCCUGGCCAGUGAACUUGGUUUGCUGCAAUUUUAUUGACUCUGGAUUUAAACACCAUCUGUGUUGUCCAGGGUCAAGAGGGCCACAGUCUCAAACCGAUGAAUUAAACAUCAGUCUAUCCAUCUGGCAGGCUCAAACUGUUCACCCGGAGAGCGAGUCUGUGUGUCUAACGCCUAUGGAGUCUCCGGCGAACCCCCCCUGCUGCAGGGGGGAAAGAGCGCGGGAGGGGCUCUCUAAACUUAUCCAACACGCAGAGUUCUUCACCAAUCUUUUUCCAAACGAAGUCCUAGUUAUGCCGAUCUGUUUAGGCAUGACAGGAGGGGCCAUACGUUGGCGCCUGUUGUCCAGCCCUCCAAGCACGCCACACGCCUCACAGCCAGGGGUACCAUGGCAUGUUGACUUUCAUCUCAACUUGGACCAGAUGUCAUCAGCUGUUCGACGUAGAGUGGAAAAACAACAAAGACCAUUACCAGACGAAAGAAGGGCCUUUGUGGUUGCGCUUGUGGACCAAAUGAUGCAGCACGACCAAAACCCAUCCAGAGCCAUGUGCUACAACGUUGUGAGAAACAUUGUCAGGAGACAUCCAAAGUCAUUUGCUGACAUUGGAAAGUAUGGUGAUACUACAGGAGAUGGCUGCUAUUCUCUACUACAGCAAGUGAAAACAAGAGUGGAGUACCACAACAGAACCAAAACUCUUCUUCGACACCGCAGAAAACGCUUCACAGGAAUCGCAGGAGAGAUCAGACAAGAGAGAGGUCCUGUUGACCAGUACGGGUGUGUCAGGUGGGGCCCAGUGGAUUUCCCAGAGGGGGAGACCGAGGCAUCGUUGAUGAAGAUGAAGAGGGAUCUACUGAACAUCUACUCAGAGGAAGGAAUGAAAGGGGCGGAGAGAGCAGAACCAAUGAUGGAAAAGACAUAUGUCAUCCUCCGGCAAUACCUUAACAAAAUGCCUGCUGCAGCAAUGUCUGACAUCAAAGAGGAGUGGCCCUUUCUCUUCUCUCAGAAAAGCCUAUUGUCACAUUUUGCUCUUUUGACGGACAUCAACGUCCUUCAGAAACUACAGGCGGCAAUAAGUCAACGAGGACAGACCAUCCUGGAUUACUGUUCAACACUGGACCAUCCCAACAUCAACAGGGUGUCCGCGGGGUUUUAAAAAGUAUUAAAAAGUGAUAAAUAAAAAUAGUCAAAUUUAAGGCCAUUAAAAGUGUUAAAUUUGGUCUCAGAGGUAUUAUUUUUUCCAAAUUAGCUAUUAUUUUUUCAGACUAUCAGAUGUCGUAUUCUGAACAUCGACAUAGAAAUAUAUUCCGAAUGAAAUGUUUUGAACGAUUAUAAAAAUAAAACAAGCCGAUUAUUUGCUCCUCCCACUUGCGCUGCCCUGAGUUGCAAAUGAAGCGCUCCUCUGACAGUGUUGCCAACUUGGCGACUUUGACGCUAUUUCUAGCAGCUUUUUAGACCCCCUUCUUGACUUUUUAAAUCUUAAAAGUACCUAGCGAACACCUCAAACAUCUCUGGUAACCCUUAGCUACUUUCUGGAUAACUGUCGUCGACGUUUCCUGCAGGUUAGCUAAACACUCCGCCUGCGCUCCGGACCGUUCUUCAGGACAUUAGGAAAGGGAAUGAUGUAGUGAUGUGUCAGUCGCUAAAGAAACGGCUCUCAGAGCCGGCUCUAUGUUGGAGUAACCAGAGUGAGUGACACACACACCGUACCUGCGGACUCCUGCGCCGAUAAAAACGGCUAAAUGUGCGCGUGCAGCAUGCUAAACACAUGUGCAGCUUGCCCCUGAUUGCUGUGAGACCGGGUUGGGGGGUGGGGGGUGCAGCUGUGGUUGGGACAUUUAUUACAUUAACUGAUGGACUUGUAAAUAAAUAGUUUAUAAAUAAGGUAGAAAUAAGUUCCUCACGCUGAUAAAUAAUUAAUCUCUCUGAGGACAUGGUGCUUGAGCACUCUCCUACAGCACCUUGACAUGACUAAAUAAAUGUUAUGCAAAAUUUAGUGAACAUCAAUUUGCAUGUAUUUGUUAUAAAUGCCACUGUAUAAUUCUUGCUGUCAGUAUUUGCAAGAUAUUGGUAUUUGGGUCUGUACUGGUUAGACUUAAAUGAGUGAAACCAAGGUCCAUAGCCCUUGGGUCAUUUGCUAUAAGUAUAUUGGUCUUUUUAUACUGGGAAUCAGGAGUUAAUUUAGUGAUCAUCUUGUUUCUUGUUUAUUUUUGCCCUGAUUGUGCCCUGAGCAAUUUUAUGACUGAAUAAAAACAAAUAAAAUCAACAUAAAUUGAAAAAUUGUCCUAAAUAAUCGUGAUCUCAAUUUCAGUCACAAUAAUCGUGAUUAUUGUUUUCACCAUAAUCGAGCAGCCCUACUUUAGCAUAUCCGGUCACAUAAUGAUGACGUCAUAUUCAGUGGUCGUUGUGCAUCAUUUCAGGCCUCGUGGUCAUCUGUCUGAACCGCUGAACAGAAGUGUCUGGCUUAUUUUCUAAGUAAAAUAAAUAUGUGCAAUAUGUUGUCAACAUCAGUGAGUCUCUAAGUCUAUUCUUUUUGUAUGUUAUAUAUGUUAAAAUAUGUGUAAAUAGGUCGCUGAUUAACCCUUUUUAAUUUAGUGUUGUGAUGUUUUUAAAAAAAUUCUGAAGGUAGUAAAAAAAAGUAUUAAAAAGUAGUAAAUUUUACCUAAGGAUUGCUGUAUAUACCCUGAUCAAUGAAGUUAUUGUCAACUACGCUCAAGACUCUGAUAAGGCUGCCUCCAUCCUGCUGGUCCUAAUGUUGUACUUCAAAGAGCCAAAAGAAUGUUUGGUGCUUGAAGUUGAUCCAUGUGCCACUGCCGUGGACAUAAGUUCUGCAGAACUUCCCACCAGCCCCUGCUUGAUCAUUCAAGGUGACAUGAUGAAGCCCUCUGGAUGGCUGAUAUCCAUCGAGGGACAGGUCAUGAUGGGCCCACACCCGUUCUUUUUACAUGGUGUAGCUGCAUUGUUGAGCUGCUAUUACGUCUUCAACAUCGAGUAUCCUGCCACUGGAUCGUUAACACUGGAGUUCAUUCAAAGGUGCUUCCUGGGAAUCAACCCUGAGAGAGGGUCAAAGACCAAGAAGCGAACAGCAAUCAACCCUCGUGUGAGCACUUUUUUUAGGAAGCUCAUUGAUUUUGAGUGGACAUCAUAGAUUUUUGCAGCAGUACUCAGGCUCAGUUCUUCAGUGUUCGUUUUUUUUUUAGAUAAGUUUACGUUAAAUGUUUUCCUGUUCUAUUGCCCAUAAUGUUAAAGACUAAGGAGCGCCUGACCCCAUUCCCUUCUUCACUGUCUCCUUUCCUCUCGUGUUGUUGUGAGGGCCUCAUUCCCUUUUCUCAGUGUUUUUCCUCAUUUUAAUUUUACAACUUGAAAGAUUAAUCUUGAAUUCUUGGCUGUAUAAAAUAUGUUGAAUAAAAUUUCUAUAAAUAUGC